CAUUUCCUUAGGUCCCUUGCUGUUUACGUCCGUUACAGUAACAGCCCUGACCACCAAAAAUAAUUUCCGCAUCGGGUGUGUGUUGAAAGGUCUGUUUGCUUUUGGAUCUGAAUCAAUUUAAUUGAAAAUGGCUAGAUUGGUACUUAGGUCCAGCUUUAGGGGAUACAUGUCCAGUCAGAUUAGGAUGGCGUCUGACCAGCUCGGGGAACUAGGUGGAGGAGCAGGAAAGGGGGGUGGCGGGGGAGGCGCAGUGAGAGAGGCCGGAGGAGCUUUUGGAAAGCGACAAGCAGCAGAGGAAGAACGGUAUUUUAGGCAAAAGGAGAAGGAGCAGCUGGCCCUCCUGAGGAAGCAUCACGAGGAGGAGAUCGAUCACCAUAAGAAGGAGAUCGAUCGCCUCCGACAGGAGAUCGAGCGACAUAACGGGAAAAUAAGAAAACUAAAACAUGACGACUGAGUUUUCUGAGUCCGAGGCAUCAUCCAUAUUACGACCUUAAAAUAUCGCUGAUUCGAUACCAGUCCCAAUCAUUAUUAUAUGAACACUCCGUAUUGUAUGUCAUAUGAAUCAAAAUAAAGCUUUUAAUUUGUA